AUGCAAAUGACUUUGUUUUCGUCGGAAACAUAUUUCACUUCACCAGACUGUGUUAAUUGUCAAAUAUAUGGUACUAAAAAUGGAAAACCAUUUAUUUGUAAUAAAGAAGAAUAUUGUAGUGAACACACCUCAACUGAAGGAGUUGUUGACUAAAAUUUCAAGGCUAGAGGGUCAAUCAUUGACAUGAAUCUUAUUUUAGAUAGCAUUGAGUUUUACUUAUCAUACGGAAUGUAUGUAAAGUGGAUAAGCUAAUUAUAGUAUAAUCAAACAUACUAAUACCAAGGAAUUGGUUUAGCAUUAACUCGUGUUGUCUAAAGUUCUUUUUGGAGUUCUCUUUAUAACUAAGCCAAGAUUGAAAAUUUCUCUUACUCACUUUAUUAUGCAGCUAAUUCAUAUAACUUAACUAUAGGAGGAUAUAAUCAAAGCUUAUUAACUUAGGAAUUUUAUAAUCUCAAGUCAGUAUCGGUAAUGAGAAAUCUCCCUUAUAAGAUAGCUGAUGAUUUAGUUCUUGCUGAUUUAUAUUUUAACGAAUAAAAUAUUUUGAAAGAUGCUCAAAUUUUAUUAGACCCAACUAUAGAUGGAAUAAUUUUACCUCUUAAAUUAUUUGGUUAAAUGAGUAAUAUACUUUUAACUUAAAGAAAGGUUGCUGACAUUUCUCAGUUCCUACCUAGCUAGCCAGGCAUAUGGUCUAGUUUGAAAACAGCUCCAAGCUUUUAAAUUUAAUUUUAGCUUGAUGACCCAGAUGCUAUUUCUAAAUAUUUAAAUGUUAACUUUGAUGCUUAAGCUUUUAACACCAAAAAUCAAAAAGGAUAAUUUACUCCAAGAAUUUCUUUUGUCGAUAUAAUUGAUGAAAAUAAUUAAUUUUACAAUGUUGUUAGAGUUGGUAAAAUUUUAUUCUAAUAGAUGAUGUAUUACAAAUAUGUUUAAAAUGGAGUUUAAUUAUAAGAAAGUGAAUUCAGGGGACUAGCUCCGAUGAUAAAAGUUAAAUAGCAAUGA